GCCUUCUCUCUCCUCUCAGUCUCUCACAACCUAUCACCGUCCAGCGUCCACCGUUACUGGUGCGCCGUCAGAACUCUCUCUCUCUCUCUUCUUUGGAAUCGGAAACCCAACCCUCCAUCUAGUGCAAAAUGAUUUUUCAUAUCCCUCAAUAGAUUCAGUUGAUCCAAGAUUCGUAUACCUCUAUUCUUAGGUGAAAUCUCACCAGAGACGGAAUAUUAAAUUGAAUGUCACUCUAAUCAUGUUCCCGGUGUUCUUGUGCUUGCUGAUUGUUUUACUACAACUGGUGAUCAAUUCUGAACUAGACAAUCCAAGGUAUCGUUGUGGAUGUAAGUGCAUUCCCACAAAUGAUAGCACCUGUAAGAUGGUCUGUGGAUUGGAGUACUCAACUUACAAGCAAGCUAGUGCUUGUCCUAUACCACAGCCAGAAAAAUGGCCUGCCUUGUUGCAAGUGCCAGAUUCUUCCUACAGAGCUGUCCAAACAGAUGCUCACUCAUUCAGAGGCUUAUGGGAUAAUUCUUGCUUGAAAACACAUUCUUGCCCAGUGACUUCAAUCUUCACUGCACAAAACAGAAGUGUUGCAGAGAGUCUGGUCAAGAGGGUCGAACAAGAUGCUUUUCCAGAAGAAUCGACAAAUGCUUUGGACUUGGCUUCACUCUCAUAUAUUGGAACGAGCAGCAAGCCUGGGACUACCAACUUUGUGGAACGAGCCUUUUUGGGCAACUCUUCAAUAAAUAUUAUUCUACCUCAUUGCCCAGGGAACUUCAGCUACACUAUCCCUAUGACUGUAGGCAGUGCAACAUUCCAUCAUGAUAUUGACUGUGUUGAAAGUUUGUACUUGUGGAGGAAGAACUCAUCAAUUAUCAACAGAGAACUAUUUCAAGGCUAUCGGGGUGGAAAUUCAGCAAAAGAAAUCCAUGAAAUCCUUGGGGCUUAUGAUUUCUUGAACACAAGUAAGGUUAACUAUAAUGUCAGAUUUUGGUACAAUUCCACAUAUAACAAUCUGGUUACAGUUCCACGCUUGCUGCGGAUACAUCGAGCUCUGAACAUGAUUUCAAAUGCAUUCCUUCGAAAUUUCAGAGAUGAUCAAUUGCAUGUUUUUCUUGAAUUUGUUAAAGAAAUGCCAAAGCCAGGGACAAGGAUGAGGCUUGAUCUGUCUUCUGCUCUGUCUCCACUUCUCUUUGCAUGGGUCAUCCAGUUGCUAUUCCCUGUUUUUUUGACGUCUUUAGUUUAUGAAAAGCAGCACAAGCUGACAAUCAUGAUGAAACUGCAUGGACUUAGAGAUGGUCCUUACUGGCUGAUUACUUAUGGGUAUUUUUUAGUCAUAUCAUUCAUUUAUAUGACUUGGUUUGCCAUUAUUGGAUCCAUUGCAGGUUUGGAGAUUUUCCGGUUGAAUAGUUUUUCUAUCCAGUUUGUAUUCUAUUUACUUUAUUUGAAGUUACAAAUUGUACUUGCUUUUCUAGCAGCAGCAUUUUUCUCGGAAGCUGAAACUGCAAGAGUUGCAGGAUAUAUUUAUGUCUUUGGAUCUGGACUUCUGGGUGCUUUCCUUUUCAAUUUUUAUAUUGAAGACACAACCUUCUCAAGGUGGUGGCUGAUGUUUAUGGAGCUGAUGCCUGGAUUUUCUUUGUACCGGGGGCUAUAUGAACUUUCACAGUCUGCAUUAGCAGGACAUAAUCUAGGAACUUUUGGCAUGAAGUGGGAAGACCUGAGUGACCAAAAGGAUGGCAUUCGGGGAACUUUGAUCAUUAUGGCUCUGGAAUGGUUAAUCUUGCUUGCUGUAUCAUACUACAUGAAUCAAGUUAUUUCUUCAGGAAAUGGAAUAACCAGACAUCCUCUAUUUUUCUUGGGGACCUUCUGGAAGAGGGAUAAGCAACUGCCUACAUUUCCAAGCUUCAGAGAGAGAUCAACUAUAUUUGUUGAUUUAGAGAGUCCUGACAUCUCUGAAGAGAGAUAUAAAGUUCAACAACUAAUGAAGGAACCAAAUGGAAGUUAUCCAAUCUUUUGCCAUAACUUAAAGAAAGUUUACAUUGGACAAGAUGGAAACUCUAGGAGGCAUGCAGUCCAAAGUCUAUCUCUUGCUGUACCCCAAGGGGAAUGCUUUGGUAUGCUUGGCCCUAGUGGUUCUGGAAAGACCACUUUUAUUAAUAUGGUGACUGGUUUUCUACCCCCAACAUCUGGUACUGCAUUCAUUGAUUAUAUGGACAUUGUAUCAAAUAUGGAUCAUAUUUACACAAGAAUAUCGAUUUGUCCACAGCAGGACUUGCUUUGGGAGACUUUAACUGGAAGGGAGCACCUUUUGUUCUAUGGUAGGCUAAGAAACCUAAAAGGCAAAGCCUUGCACCAAGUAGUCGAUAAAUCAUUAAGAAGCUUGAAUCUCUGUGAAGGUAACUUAGGUGACCAGCUUGUUGGUAGAUAUAGUGGAGGCAUGAAACGAAGGCUCAGUCUUGCUAUUUCCCUCAUAAGCUAUACACGAGUUGUCUUUUUGGAUGAACCUACCACUGGAUUAGAUCCAGAGUCAAGAAAUUAUGUAUGGAAUGUUAUAAAGCAAGCCAAGGCAGCCCGUGCUAUCAUUCUUACCACACACUCCAUGGAGGAGGCUGAGUUUCUCUGUGACCGCAUAGGAAUCAUUGUGAAUGGCAAUUUGCAGUGUUUGGGAAGCUCAAGAGAGCUUAAGUCAAGAUAUGGUGGCUCUUAUGUGCUUACAAUAUCUGUGGAUCCCAUUUAUGAGAAGAAUGUAGAUUCCAUGGUCAACAGCCUUUCUCCAAAUGCAAUUAAGAUUUACAACAUAGGUGGAACACAGAAGUUUCGGCUGCCUAAGCAAGAUGUUAGGAUUUCCCAAGUAUUUCAAGCCAUUCAAAACCUUAAGAGAGAGGUUGCUCUUCAUGCAUUUGGUUUUUCUGAUGUCUCUCUAGAAGAUGUCUUCCUUAAUGUGGUUCAUGAGGCAUCACAAGGUCAGAGAAUUUCCACAACCUAAGAUGGUAAAUCAAGUGCAAAUUUUGUAUUAAUACCAUUCUUUUGAGCAAGAGAGUUGAAUAGCAUAUUCAUUCAUGGUGAAGGUAGGCUCUAAUUUUAGUCCCCCUUAUUUUGCAAGCAAAAAUAUACCAUCAACAAAAGAGAAGUGUUUCUUUUUUUUU